AGCUAAGCCAAGAAUAUUAGAAAGGGGAAAAACAAGAUACAUCAUAGAUUUCCUCUCCUCUCCUCUUUGUACACAAAGCAAUUAGACAUUGAUCAUGGGAAGAGGUAAGGUUGUUCUGGAGAGGAUAGAAAACAAGAUCAAUCGCCAGGCAACCUUCUCUAAACGAAGAAAUGGUCUUCUCAAGAAAGGCUAUGAACUCUCGGUUCUCUGCGAUGCUGAAGUUGCCCUCAUCAUCUUCUCCAGCCGAGGGAAACUCUUCGAAUUUGGUAGCACCGAUGUGAAUAAGAUUUUGGAACGAUACAGACAACAUCGUUAUAUCUCACAAGACAAAGAUAUUGUUCAGAAUGAAACACAGCAGACUAUAUAUGAAGAGAUGUUGAGGCUGAAGGCAAAACAUGAAUCUCUCCAGCGUUCACAGAGGCAUUUUCUUGGAGAAGAUCUUGGAGGACUUGAUGUAAAAGAGCUGCAAAAAAUGGAGAAACAGCUUGACAGAACUAUUUCACAAAUUAGACAAAGAAAGAUGCAACUAUUGUCAGACCGACUAGAAGAAUUGCAGAAAAAGGAACUUGAACUUGAAGAAGAAAACAGACAGCUUUUCAGUAAGCUAGAGGAAGUACAAUGUUUCCAACCAAUUCAAGGAACAAGAGAUCAUAGCAUCAUAGCUGAUAACGAGUGCAUGCGGGGUUUACAUCCUUUGAUGAAUUCCCUAAAUAAUAAUCAAGUCCACCAAGAAUCCCCUUUGCAAACUGGGUAUCAUCAGCUUCUUGCCCAGGAAAGAGCAACUGAAAGCAGGGUGGGCAGGAGUGGGCCUAGAACAACAGCAGGGUGGCUUUGAACCUCCCAAUAUGUAUGACUACUGCAUAUAGUGUGCCUUGGUACAAGACAUAUGCUUCAUCAUAUAAACCCAAAAAUAAAGAAAAAAAAAAUGACAACUCUCCUUUGUGAUAUUGUCAUGAUUCUAUAAUAUAUACCAACAAUAUUAAGGAGAAAUAAAAUAUAUAGUGAAUUAGUUAUUAAUUUUAAUUUCCCUAAGAAAAAUUUAUAUUUACAUAUAUUGUUAUUGAAUGUCAAGGAGGUUUGAAUUAUCAACAAGACGAAGGCUUGAUAUUUUUUCCUGUUGGUCAUGAAGACAGGCAUGAUGGUUUUAAUAACCAUUACAAAUUUGGAAAGGGAAAAUUGACGUCAGGAUCAAGAAAAUGUGCUUCUUUGA